CACGCGCUCAUUUAUGGUGCGGGCAGGCCAAUUCAGUCGUUGCUCCCCACGCGCAGGAUUGACGUCUUUCAAGAGCAGCCAGACAGCUUCCGGGUGACUUGAGAGCAUUUCCUCUCGUCACAAGCUUCCGCCGGGCCAGCCGCGUCUCCGCAUGACGUUGCCCAGUUGUGCAGGGCUCGAGCUCCGACAUUUGGUUUCAGCAGCACCCCAACCCCGAUGCUGGCACGCGACACUCGCUGUAACCUGACCUCUCUCUGCAUAUAGCCGUCAUGUCUGGCCGCCCUAGAAACCUGCAUCCAUCCCGGUCCUUCUCCCGCCUCGACGCAGCGCCUAAGAGCCCGCUGUCUCGCAGUCGUGCGAGCACGCUACAAGGCCCGCAUGUGACAGAUAUGUUAGACCCACUCAAGAACAACGCAGUGCCCGAGGAGGACGAGAAUCUCGAUGGCGAUGUCUUCGUAAAGAAAGAAAACGAGGAAGAGCAAGAUCCGCCCGCACAACCAGCUCCAGACGUCUUCGAGGAGCUACCCAUCGAGAUACGGAGCCUGACCGAGAGGUUUCUCGAGUCCCUGUCUGCCAAGGUCCACCCGAGCCCCCCUACCGCCGACAGUCUCUCAGACCUUUUCCAGGACUUCUACCAGCGUGCCUCGGCCAAAAUCAACACGCACAUAGCAACUCUUUCAGCACGCCUGACAAGCGAGACGUUCAUAUCGCAGGCGAACAAAGGCUCAGCCCCAUCAAGCAGGGCGGGUUCGAUAAGAAAGGGCAGCGACUCUAAUGCAGAACAGCAGAUGCUUAGUGCGUCUGAGAUGUCAGACAGGAAGAAGGCCAGGAAAUUGCUGGAAGCUAAGAGAGCGUCUCUGGAAGAGGCUGUUGAGCGAGCUGUUUGUGAGAAGGUGUAUGAUAGGAUAUGGCGACACAGAAGUACAGACGAUGAGGAGAGGGACCACAAGCUCAGGUCGCGAACUGCGGCGUUGACUCUAGUUGGCAUUGGAUUGAAGGAGCUCCUGAUGACUGGUGAGGAGAUGACCGAGGAAGAACGGAACAAAGCCAAAGAGAAGGAGCCUGAGAUUAGAGAGUUCCUGUCCGCUGCUCGGCAAGACAUCAUGAAGAUGAACCACGAGAAGUACCCGCUUGGUAAAGUGCUACAUCUUACAGCAGCGCACAAGUCGAUCGUCGAUGCUCUAUCGAAGAUCUUCCCAGCAACUUCGUCCGCCGACGAGAUCCUGCCGACUCUCAUCUACGCCCUGAUCACCCUACCGCCAGUGUAUGUCAACGUCAUCAGCGAUCUGAAGUUCAUCCAGAGGUUCCGCGGCUCGAGUCGUAUGGACGGCGAAACGGCCUACUGUCUGGUCAAUCUGGAAGCAGCCAUCUCUUUCUUAGAGACCGUGGACCUGUCAUCGCUGCGCGCUGAGGAAGGAAACACAUUAGAGAGGACAAAUUCGCGGCCAUCGACGCCAAAGACAGAAGUUACGCCCAUGCUGCUAGGGCUAUCUGAUGCCCCGGACUUAGUACAGACACCAGCAACACCAACUUCGAGAACGAACUACAAUGAGCCUGCAAGCCCGGCAACAACAAAGAUUCAGCGCCGACUUAGUAAUCUGGUGCAGGCUCAGACGAACCGGAUUGAAUCAGCUUCAGAUGCUGUUCGUGAGUCGAUUCUUGACUCUGCUGACCAGGCAAUGGGCAGGAUCAACAACACACUUGAUACCAGUUUCAAGUUCUUCUUUGGCGGGUUACGAGAGCGGGACCCGAACAACGCAGCAGUCGAACAGCCUGCGUUACCAAAAACUUUGGAGGAAGUGCGAGAACUUGUCAGCUCCCCAACACGCGGCCUACACGUUGACGAUGACGACCGAAGUGUCAGCGCAGCAAGUGAAGAUGAUCGCCAGGAACCGCCGCCCAAACAGGACCUCAACGCCCGGAUGAGUGACUUGUUUGCCGGCAAGCGUCAAGUGCGCGACCGCAGUGUUGACUCUGCACGGUCUGGCGGGAGCAACAGCGCACGGCGUGUAGCAUUUGCUUCGAAGGUCAUCGAUGAGAAGACUCCAUCACCAGCAGUAGCUAAGACCGAGCCAGCGCCUACGACCCCGUCGGCCGUCGAUUCUCUCCGCAGUCUGGGCAACAGCUUCAACCCUCUGAACACGUUCAGGAGCGUGAACGUACUCCCGCGUUUUGGCCGUGCCGUCAGCAGCGCAAGCUCACCGACACCGCCAUCGCCUACACCUGAACAGAACAAGACCCCGCCAGUGACCAUCCUGGAACCCCUCAGCCGCACAGCAACGACUGAAGUGGCGCCCGUCGACGAGAAAGGAGCGAGGGCAAUCGCAGCAUUAGAGCAGAUGAGGAAAACAGCGCCACCGCUCAAAAAAUUCCGGGACGCCAAAGAUGCGCAAGACCUCAAGCUGAAGGAGGUCGAUGAGCUUUUGAAAGAUUACCAACGGCUUGUCGCAGCGAUGUCAACGGCGAUCCAACAACUGUAGAUUUUAGCGCAGCAUUAGUUGUACAUACAUGGAGCGAGAGCGUUAGUAGAUCAGGCGCCGGACAUUUUGUAGACCCGCACAUAUCGAGUUCCUAGACAUUUA